GCAGCAGCAGCAGCAGCAACAAGCGAGCAGAUAGUAGUUUCUCUCCGCAGAGGCUCAUCCACACCGCAUCAGCCAUGCCUACUCACAGCAGUCUUCUCCUUCUGGUCACUCUUUGGGCCUCGGUUCAAGACGGUUUGGGUCUCCCAGUUAUGAAACAGGCAGAACCAGAAGCCGUCGACAGCGUGCGGACUCACCGGGUCAGGACCAAGCGCUGUUCCUGCAGUGAGCUGCUGGACACUGAGUGCCACUACUUCUGUCACCUGGAUAUCAUCUGGGUCAACACACCCAGUAAGACAACAGUUUAUGGCCUAGGCGGAGGCUUGCUGCGGCGCAAAAGGUCCGCCGGGCGCUGCACCUGUGCCCAGCUCAACGACAAGACCUGCACCGAUUUCUGCCAUUUCCGUAAUGAGAUCCAGCCUGUGAAGAAGCCUCAACUUGACAUGCUCCACAUCUUGAGAACGGCAGCCAAUAACUCGAAGCGGGAAGUAGACACAGGGCACGCAGGCGGACAGCAGUCGUCCCAAGCUAAGAGUGAGAACGUGUGAUGAACGGGGAAGCAAGAAGGAAAGAGAGAAAGAAAGAAGGGGCAGAAGACGAGCACCUGAACAAAUUCCACUCCUCCAGCAGAGAGGUCGCCGAGGGAUGUGUUCGAUCAGGGAAGGCCACGUGUUAUUCUGUUUGUUCCUGCAAAUCGAAAGCUGAAAGUACAUGCCCGAGGUCUACAGGUACGCGUUGGAAACAGAAGUGGAGAAUCAGGAGAGGUGGAGAUGCAACCGGGUUGUUUUUAACUCUGGAUGAGGCUGAAGCCACUGAGUCACAGGCCCAAAGAAAGAGAACGCAAGUGCAAAUACAAGCACGGAAAUAUGGGACAUGCGAGUUUUAUUUGUUUUUACUACAAUAUAAACAAUUUAUUUUUAUAUAAUUUUAAGAUUAUACUCAUAAAAUAUAUUAUAUCGGAUGAAUAAACUGAUUGAUUUAUUGAAUAUAAUAUGUCAGUUAUGAAUUAGCCUUUAUCAUAUGACUGGUUGCUUAAGGGAAUUGAUUGUUUGUUUUGGUAAAUUAAACUUAUAUCUGUAAAGCAUCAUUAAAAGAUCAAUAAAAACAAGGUUAGACACACACAAAAAAAACUACAAUUUUGUUUUCUAUGCCAAAGUAAAUAAAGUAACUCAUGAGAGGAGAAAUUCAAAGGAACACAAAAUCCUAUUAGAGGAACAUGUGUGAUUCAAUUGUGUG